CUGUCCGUCUCCCCCAAACGUUGGAUUACCAGUGUUCUAACGCUGUCUCAACACCUGUCCAUCAACUUUACUCCCGUCCCAUUCUCAGAAUUUGGUUGGUGACCUUACUUUUGUCAAUUCAAGAUUCUUCUUCUUCUUUCAAUUCAGCCGUCGAUCGCUCUGAUAUUUGUUUGCAGUCCUUUUAACAAACAGAUUCCCAAAUAUUCAAGUGAGAAAGAGCGCGAUGAUUUGUUGCCCGUUCUACAGAGGAGAAAAGAAGGAUGGAAACAAUCCAGGGCCAACAAUUUCAGGCCCGUCUACAGAUUCAACUCUAAACGAUCUUGAUUUCAAGGAAUUCAGCUCUGAAAAUGUCUCCCUCACUAGCACAGACACGGAAUCCAUGGUGGAAAGAAACUCGAAUUCAUCAAUUUUUUCGCACAAGCCAAGCGAUCUCAGGGUAUUCACCUUUUCUGAGCUGAAAACUGCAACGAAGAAUUUUAACGGCGCUUACAGAAUUGGUGAGGGCGGUUUUGGUUGUGUAUAUAAAGGUACUGUUAGAACAAGUAAUGAUCAAGAUUCAAAUAAGAAAUUAGUUGAUGUUGCUGUUAAACAAUUGGGGAGUAGAGGAUUGCAGGGACAUAAAGAAUGGGUGAAUGAAGUUAACUUUUUAGGGAUUGUUGAUCAUCCAAACCUUGUUAAAUUGAUUGGGUAUUGUGCUGAUGACGAUGAAAGAGGAAUCCAGCGGCUACUUGUUUAUGAAUACUUGGCUAAUAGAAGUGUGGAUGAUAAUUUAUCUAAUAAGGUUGUAACACCUCUUCCAUGGGGGAUGAGAUUGAAAAUUGCUAGAGAUGCUGCUAGAGGAUUAGCUCACUUACAUGAAGGAAUGGAUUUUCAGAUUAUCUUUAGAGAUUUCAAGUCCUCAAACAUUCUUUUAGAUGAGGAAUGGAAUGCUAAGCUGUCUGAUUUUGGUUUGGCUAGGUUAGGCCCUCAAGAGGGAUGUACCCAUGUCUCAACUGGGGUUGUGGGAACACUAGGAUAUGCAGCCCCUGAAUACAUGCAAACGGGGCGCCUCACAUCAAAGAGCGAUGUUUGGGGUUAUGGGGUUUUCCUUUACGAACUAAUCACGGGCAGGCGCCCGCUUGAUCGUAGUCGCCCAUCGAGCGAACAAAAACUGUUGGUAUGGAUAAGGCCAUAUGUACAAGAUUCAAAGAAGUUUCAUAAGAUUUUGGAUCAGAGGCUUGACUGGAAAUAUUCUUUAAAGUCUGCACAAAAGCUUGCCAAUGUUGCUAACCGUUGCUUGAACAGUCAAUCAAAGUCGCGGCCGAAGAUGAGCCAGGUUUUGAAAAUGGUGAAUGAGAUUCUCGAAUAUUCAAAAGGGGCCAAUAAUCCUCAACGGAUGAUAACAUGUCAGGAAGAAGAAACGUUUAAGAAAGCAGAAGGAAGAUCAGGAAACACGGAACAGGGAGCAAGUUGGUUUGCUCGGUUGCGGUUGUUUUUCAAUGCAAAAGCAGGCUGACUUUGUUUCAUUGCC